AUGUGGGCGGUGAGGGACAUCAAGGAGGUGUCAGAGCAACCCCAGCCUCGGGAACAAGGAACCUGCAUCACGGUCGUCAUUUAUGCCCAUGCCACCCCAGCUUCUGGAAGGCAGUGCCUGGGCCUGCGUUUGGGCACCAUUGUCCCCCUGGUACUCAGCACAGGGCCAGGCACCAAGAAGGACCCGGCUCCCAGCACUUUCCACAGUGCCCAGCAGGCGCAGUCCGACGUGGCCAGCCACCCCCAGCAGGGGCCAAAACCCAUGCUGGCUUCCCCAGCUUCCUGCUGCCAGGCUGCCAACGAGGGCCGGCAUCCCACCUCUCGGCCAGAGGGUAGUGCGUGUGGUGUGAUUGUUCGUGUCGUCUCUGAGAGUUGGGGCGUCUGCAGGAGCCGUGGCGUUUACGGGCCGGGUGUGUGGGGCCGUGUCGGGCUCCCGGGUCUCACGCGUCCCCUUGCUCUUGCAGCGGAGCUGGAGUUCGUGGAGAUCACCAUCAUCGUGGUGGUGGUGAUGGUGAUGGUGGUGGUGAUCACGUGCCUGCUCAGCCACUACAAGCUGUCCGCGCGCUCCUUCAUCGGCCGGCACAGCCAGGGCAGGAGGAGAGAAGAUGCCCUGUCCUCAGAAGGAUGCCUCUGGCCCUCAGACAGCACCGUGUCCGGCAGUGGAAUCCCAGAGCCUCAGGUCUACGCCCCACCGAGGCCCACGGACCGCCUGGCCGUGCCCCCCUUCGCCCAGCGGGACCGCUUCCACCGCUUCCAGCCCACCUACCCCUACCUGCAGCAUGAGAUCGACCUGCCGCCCACCAUCUCGCUGUCGGACGGGGAGGAGCCGCCGCCCUACCAGGGCCCCUGCACCCUCCAGCUGCGGGACCCCGAGCAGCAGCUGGAGCUCAACCGCGAGUCGGUGCGCGCGCCCCCAAACAGGACCAUCUUCGACAGCGACCUGAUGGACAGCGCCGUGCUGGGCGGCCCCUGUCCCCCCAGCACCCUGCUGGAGGGGGCCCGGCUGCACCCCGCGCACCUCGCGGCCCUGGAGAGCGCCGCCGCCUGGAGCCAGGAGAAGGAGAAGCAGAAGGGACACCCUCUUUAGGGUCCCGGCGGCGGCCAGGGCAGCGGUGGGUGAAAAGGCAAAACACUCCGCACUUCGAAGAAGAGAGAGGAGGCCGGGCCGGACACGCGCGUCGCCAUCCCCUCCCCCUCCCUGUGUAUAAAAAUAGUUACAUGUCUGUCUGGUCCGGAUGCACAAGCUAAGAAAGCUUGCAAAACAGAACACACACACACACACACACACACACCGUGUUUCUUUGUUGAGCCGUGUCUUGAAGGCAAAAGAGAAAAAACCGAUUCUCCCCUAGUUUUUUCUUUUGCUAGUCGAGCUUCGUGAAGGCAUCCUUUCGUUUGUUGAUGAUGAUUUCACUUAACUUUAAAAACAUAUUUGCACAAAACCUUUGUUUAAAGAUCUGCAAUAUUAUAUAUAAAAGUAUAUAUAAAGUAAGAGAAACUGUAUGUGCGAGGGCAGGAGUAUUUUUGUAUUAGAAGAGUCCUAUUAAAACACACACAGGUUGUUUUCUGAGCUGGAAGAGAAAGUGGCCCCUUUGGCGUGCCAUCUCAGAACGUGUGUAUUACCUUGUAAAGAAAGCAAUGACAAAGCAGGGGUCUAGAGUUAUUUAUAUAAAUGUUGAGCUUUUGCACUAUUUUUUAAUAUAAAUAUGUCAGUGCUUGUUUGACGGAAACUUUUAUCACGUUUGUCGAGACUCUAAGGGAGAGAUGCCAGGCCCGGCGGUGGGCAGAGGGGGCUCCGCCUGGGCGGAGAGGCUGGGCCGGGCGCGUUCCUCUCCGCUCCGCUCUGCCCCGCGGUGGGCGCUGUGCCUGGGGUAGGCUCUUCCCUCCUUACACAUUCCCGCCCGAAGGGGACACGUUUCCUCCUCGGGGUCAGAACAGCCUUUGAAUCGCAUGACAUAGAGGCACCGAGUUCCAGGUGGUGGCUUUGCCUUCCCCAACUGAAAAUAAACUGUUACUGAAGGAA